UCGGCGCUGAGCUGCCUGCUGUUGCACUUGCUGGUUCUCUGCCUCCAAGCCCAGGAAGGCGUGGGGGGGCGGAGGGGGGCGGCGGCGCUGGGCAGGGAACUUGCUUCCCUGACCCGAGCUGGCCGGGAGUCCCAGGGUGUUUCCCAACAGCAUGUGAGGGAGCAGAGCCUGGUGACGGAUCAGCUCAGCCGCCGCCUUAUCCGGACCUACCAGCUCUACAGCCGCACCAGCGGGAAGCACGUGCAGGUCCUGGCCAACAAGCGCAUCAACGCCAUGGCAGAAGACGGGGACCCCUUCGCAAAGCUCAUUGUGGAGACAGAUACCUUUGGGAGCCGGGUUCGAGUCCGCGGAGCUGAGACUGGCCUCUACAUCUGCAUGAAUAAGAAGGGGAAGCUGAUCGCCAAGAGCAACGGCAAGGGCAAGGACUGCGUGUUCACGGAGAUCGUGCUGGAGAACAACUACACGGCCCUGCAGAACGCCAAGUACGAGGGCUGGUACAUGGCCUUCACCCGCAAGGGCCGGCCGCGCAAGGGCUCCAAGACGCGGCAGCACCAGCGCGAGGUGCACUUCAUGAAGCGGCUGCCGCGCGGCCACCACACCACCGAGCAGAGCCUGCGCUUCGAGUUCCUCAACUACCCGCCGUUCACGCGCAGCCUGCGCGGCAGCCAGAGGACUUGGGCCCCCGAGCCCCGGUAG